GAGAGAGAGAGAGAGAGAGAGAGAGAGAGGUGUAUAUAUACGUAAUGUGAGUGCAGUGGAAUGUCAUAGCCCUCCACCGUUAAAGAUCUGAUCAAGAACUAUUCUUUUCCUUUUGCACCGUAGGCCCAUCAUCUGCCUUCCAUGCUCCUAUCUUCAUCUCAGAAUUCUCACUUCUUCCCAUAUCUCUUUCUCUCCCGAUCCUCCCUCGACCAGCAACAUCAUCCCAUCCCCAACAUUGCGCCACCAUGGCACACGCCCUGAACCUCUCCCUUGGUAGCGGCCAGCCGCUGCUCCAGAACAAUUACCCUCAGGAAUCUGCUGCCGCCGAUCACUCUGCAGAUCAGCUGGAACUUCUGUCUUCUCAAUCAGUCUUUCAUGGAAGAACUGGGAAAGAUCAGGAGGAGCAGCUCUUCUCAGUGAGCAAGGAGGUGGAAGAUGAUCAUCGCCGUGCCCGUGAUCUGGGCGUUCACCUUACACUCGGUUGCCAUGGCGACGGCACUGCUUCCAGUCCCUGCUGGAUCAAUGGCAGUUCUCCUGCAGCCAAGGCUGGGGAGCCAUCUUCUACCACAAAUUUUGUUAGAGUUUGUGUUUUCUGCAACACUAGCAAGACUCCUCUAUGGCGAGGCGGCCCACAUGGCCCUAAGUCUCUAUGCAAUGCAUGUGGCAUCAGAUACAGAAAGGCUAGGCGCGCUUUAGCUGCUGCUGCUGCCGUCACUGAUUCAGCUGCUCAUUUCCCGGCAAAUCCACCAAUUCUGGCCCUGAACCGGCCUGACUUGAUGACCAAAAGAAGGAAGCAAUGCCGGAAUCCGGCAAAGUUUGUGGGCAGGAGACAGGAAAAGCUGGGCCUAACAGCUUAUGCAACAGAUUGCGUGAAGGGUACUCAGGAUCCAAGUGAAGGACUUUUCUUUUCUUCGGCACGCUUGAGCUUCGGUAAAGGCCUGAGCAGGCGUUCAGCGUUCCGCCAGGUGCUCCCCAAGGAAGAAGAAGACGCAGCAGAGCUCCUUAUGGCUCUAUCUUAUGGCUUAGUUCACGGCUGAUCUGAGUCUCCUUCCCUUCUUAUGGCAGAGGCCGGGUUUCUGGCCUUAGCUCUAAGCUCUGCCAUGAAAAAUGAAAAUAAAAAUAAUGAACAUACACAAUCUAUGGUUCCUUUUCAUA